CCUACACUUUUGUGGCCGCUUCUGCCAAUGUUCAGUCUGACACUUACCACACCAAGAGAAGGCAGUAACCCGAUUUCGUUCUUUGACGUUCACAAUGGUCAAUGCAAAACUUAUCUUCGGUGGGAUCGAAGGGGGCGGCACCCACUCCUGGAUCGUGCUGAUGGACGGGCGGGGCGAGAAAGUGGCCGAGCUCGAGGGUCCCUCCACCAACCACUGGUUGAUCGGCAUGAGUGAGUGCCAGGCCCGCAUCAAGCAGCUGGUGGACGAUGCCAAGCAGAUGGCCGGCCUGCCCCAGGACACCACCCUCGAGGGCCUGGGUCUCUGUCUGAGUGGCUGUGAGGACGAGGAAGGCAACCGUGACAUGGCAGCUGCACUCAUGAAGCGUUACCCUGUCCUUGCCCGCCACGUGAUUGUUUCUUCUGACACCAAGGGUUCCAUUGCAACUGCUUGUCAGAAUGGUGGUAUUGUCCUUAUUAGUGGCACAGGAAGCAACGCACUUCUCCUAAACCCUGAUGGCAAGACUUAUCGCUGUGGAGGCUGGGGUCACCUCCUUGGUGAUGAAGGAGGAGCUUACUGGAUUGCUGCUAGAGCUGUCAAGUUGUUGUUUGAUGAGGACGACAACCUGAUUGACCCACCAUUUAACACCGCCCAACUACGAGACAUUGUAUACACUCACUUUGAACUGAAAGACAGAGGUAACCUCUACUCAGCCCCCUUCUCGCACUGUACCUCUCACUACAAACCAGGCAGGCCAAUGCUUGGUCAGGCCACAAAUAAGGAUUUUGCUACCUUGUGUAAGCAAACAGCAUAUGAGGAACGCAUCCAAAUAGACAGAUUUGGCAUGCUGCAGCACUGUUAUCAGUCCUUUGAGAAGGCAAAGUUUGCUAGUCUGACAGCCAAGAUCAGUCAGGGAGCCUCCAAUGGUGAUGCUAUGUGUGCACGCAUUCUCUAUGAUGCUGGUUUUGCUCUCGGCCGUCACAUUGCUGCUUUGUCAAGGAACAUUCAUGAGGCACUUUUGUUCACAGAAGACGGUCUUCAGAUUGUGUGUUCAGGGUCAGUGUGGAAGGCCUGGGAACACCUCCGGCCAGGAUUUGUGGAUGGGAUCAAUCCUCGAUGUGAAAAGGACAGGGCCAUUCCCAAGUACACGCUGCUCAGACUUGCGGUAACAAGUGCUCUUGGUGCAAUCUACCUGGGAGCUUCAGUAGCAAAGUAUGAUCUGCCACGUGACUACGGAAAGAAUGCCCGAGCCUUCUUCACACACAUCCAGCCCGAAUCCCUCGGAGCCACCAAGGUCGCUACUCCUAAAUUACAGAUGAAGUUCCCCAAGAGCCUCACACCCAAGACACAGCCUAAGUUCCCACACAACCACACAGAGGGCAUCCAACAAGAAAAUGAUCUUGAGAAUGGCCACUCAAAUGGUCAUGCUAAUGGCCACUCAAAUGGUCAUGCUAAUGGUCAUUCAAAUGGUCAUGCUAAUGGUCAUUCAAAUGGUCAUGCUAAUGGCCAUUCAAAUGGUCAUGCUAAUGGCCACUCAAAUGGUCAUUCUAAUGGCCAUUCUAAUGGUCAUACUAAUGGCCAUUCUAAUGGUCAUGCUAAUGGCCACUCUAAUGGUCAUACUAAUGGUCACUCUAAUGGCCAUUCCAAUGGGCAUUCCAAUGGUUUUGCCAAUGGUCACCAGAAUGGCCAUGCCAAUGGACAUUCCAAUGGCAUUUUCACCCUGGCAGCAGAGGGAAGCCUUGUAGACAGCACGAGCCGCUAGAGUGUGAAUGACAACAUUCUGAGAAUUUGUUUCUCCAGAGUAGGACUUGCAGGAAUAAACAAACAUAACCUCAUUAGCAACCACACAUUACCUUUCAAGGUAGACAGCCUUGACCCUUGUUGUGUUUGCCCAAUUUUUUACUGCAGUUUUGAAACCAGUAUACAGUACUUCAUAUAAUGUGCCAUUAAAGUCAUUAUAUCAAGCUAAAAGGUAAAAAAAUAAUAAUUUUGGGAUAUAGAAGUUGGUUAUCUAUGUAUACUGUGUGUUUUUUAUGGUAUGAAGCCUAUAAGCAGUUGGGUGUACCAUUUUCAUGGAGGGAACUUUCCACAAAUAUUGUUAUUCAUUCUUAUGAAUGGCAUUGUGCUUCAGCUAUGUAAUUUUACAUAGCUUGAAAUACAUUUUGGGCCUUGCCCAUCAAAGUUAUUUAUUUAAAAGGAAAAUAUUUUAGGUGAAUGUAAAUAAUUCCAAAAUAUUUAAUAUUAUUUUGAUAGAUUUUAUGAGAAAAAGACACCAUAAUUGUUAAUGAAAAUGUUGCUUAUAGUAUGAAAAUAUAUUUUGAAAUGGCUCAUUCUAAUUGCCUUGAAUGAAAUGUUGAUACACAUUGCUCAGGAUUUAUAUGCAGGAUGGUUGUCCUUUACCUAAUUAAAGGAUAAGUACUAGAGAGUUCUCUACUUAUGGCCUGCUUAGUUUUGGACAUAUUUCGUGUUUGUUCUACAUUUAACAUACACAUACCUGAAUGUACCCAUCAUUUGCAUACAGACAAGGCAAUCAUGCUUCCAUCUACACAUCCAUUUCAUCUUUGAAUGUACUUUCAUAUACUGAGGUAUGAGUCUGUGAUGUGAAAUGUCAAAAUUUCAGUUACUCUUUUCCUUGAAUAAUUCAUAAUAUACAUUAAUUUAAAAAAGAUGCUUACGAUGAAAAUCAGUAAGAUGUCACUAUUUUGCUCAUGAUGUUGUUUAGGAAAAGAUUGAGGCAAAAUCAUUUCAUUCAUUAUGAUGAUCUUAAACUUUGUGUGCUGGGUCUGAAGAAUCAGAUCUGACAGAUUAGCUUCAUGAAGUUCAGUAUUGCGUCUUUCUAUGUACGGUCAGAUGCAGCUCUCCUCUGCCUUGCUUCCAAUGCAAGCACUCUGACCAACUUGGUUGGAGAGUCAGUUCUAGAGCAUCAACAAUGUGCUUUUUUACUUCCAGAGAAUUAUGUAUUUCUAGUAUUCAGUGGUAUAAAAAAUAUUUGUAUUGUAAACAGAAUAUAAUCUAUUCAGCUGCUGCCAACACUGCACUCUUAUGUUUGUCAGUUUUUACUUGAAAUAAAUAUUUUGCUAAA